UUCAUUCUAUAUUUGAUGUAAAAGAUUUUCACGCGUUUUCUUCAUCUUUCAUUCGUUCUGAAAAUUUGCAAACGUUUUUAAUUUCUAAUUUUUAUUGAAAUGGCGUAAGAAUAUUUAAAAAUAUAUAUUGUGUUAAUUAGAACUCUAUUCAUUUUAAUAAGUUUGCAAAAAGUGACACAGAAGUGAAAUUUGUUAACGUGUCUUGUCUAAGUUGCAAGCAAAAGCGUGUGUUUGUCGCUGGGCUAGAUUAAAUUAAACUUUUGGAGUUACUGAGUUACAAAGCCAACAUCAACAAAUCAUUAAAGAUAUGGAAUUCCAACAACUUACAAUACCACAAACAGAUGUCUCUCAACCACCACCUCAGCUGACAGCACCGUCGGCGCUAGCAACAAAUGCAACAUUACUACCAUCACAAUCGGGAGGUGGCGGCGCUUAUGGAUCACAUCAUCGCAACCACUACCAUCCUCACCAUGGGGGUUCUGGGAAGCCAGGUCACCCAUAUUUUAAACCAUUCAAUCCCGGAGGUUUUCAAAGACCCUUUGGCAUGACGCAAGAUGAUUUUGAUGGCAAGCGUUUAAGAAAAAGUGUUAUGCGAAAAACCGUUGAUUACAAUGCUUCUAUCGUAAAAGCAUUAGAGACACGUCUUUGGACGCGUGACCAUCGUGAUCGUCAUGCACCACAACCCGAAAAUAUAUAUGUGCCCGAACUUUUACCCCCGUCCAGCUACUUGGAUAAUCCCUCAAAUGCAGUUACGACACGUUUUGUCAAAACUGCCACAAAUAAAAUGCGGUGCCCAAUUUUUACACUCGCCUGGACGCCAGAAGGUAGACGUUUGGUGACAGGCGCCAGUUCAGGGGAAUUCACUCUAUGGAACGGGUUGACAUUUAAUUUCGAAACUAUAUUGCAAGCUCACGAUGUUCCAGUACGAACAAUGGUAUGGUCCCAUAAUGACAGCUGGAUGGUGACUGGUGAUCACUCGGGCUACGUCAAAUAUUGGCAGUCGAAUAUGAAUAACGUGAAAAUGUUUCAGGCACAUAAGGAGGCGAUUAGGGGAAUAAGCUUCAGUCCGACGGAUAGUAAAUUUGUAAGCUGCAGCGACGAUGGCACACUCAGAAUAUUUGAUUUUAUGCGCUGUCAGGAGGAGCGCGUUCUGAGAGGUCAUGGUGCCGAUGUCAAAUGUGUGCACUGGCAUCCACAGAAGGGUCUGAUUGUGUCGGGCAGUAAGGAUAAUCAGCAGCCAAUCAAAUUGUGGGAUCCAAAGAGUGGUAGUGCGUUAGCCACAUUGCAUGCGCACAAAUCGACUGUGAUGGAUUUGAAAUGGAAUGAUAAUGGUAAUUGGCUAGUUACCGCAUCCCGUGAUCAUUUACUCAAACUGUUCGACUUGCGUAAUUUACGCGAAGAAAUGCAAGUGUUUCGUGGACACAAAAAGGAGGCUAGCUCCGUAUCAUGGCAUCCGAUACAUGAGGGUCUCUUCUGCUCAGGUGGCUCUGACGGAUCCAUCCUCUUCUGGAAUGUGGGUACCGAUAAGGAGAUCGGCUGUGUUGAGACCGCUCACGAUAGUAUUGUCUGGACAUUGGCCUGGCAUCCCCUCGGUCAUAUACUUUGCUCAGGCUCUAAUGAUCACACUAUCAAAUUCUGGACACGCAAUCGUCCCGGCGAUUUGAUGCGUGAUAAGUAUAAUUUGAAUACGUUACCUGCGAGUUUGGCGGCAAUGGAUGAUUGCGAAUAUGAUGAUGCUGUUAUUCCGGGCAUGGGCCCUGAGGACAAAGUUGAAUUCACGGAAAGUCUCACCGCCGAUAAGGGCUUUAUUCCUGGCUUGGAUUUGGAUCCUACCAGAAUAGGUGAUCGAGAUCGGGAGAAGAAAGUACCAUACAGCAAACCUAUACCGCGUAACUUCCAGGCUCAGUGGGCGGGUUCACGUCGUCCCGACGAAAAUAACUUCCACGAUGAGUUGGCAAUGCGUGAGCCGAAAGACACUAGCGGUCUGUCACACCAACAAAUCAGCGAGAGCACCAUUGAGGGAAUGUUGGCAAGUGGUGUUCUCACCACCAUGGAUCCGCAAGCUAUUGUUGGUCUGCUUGUUUACAAUCGAUUUAUUCGCGUCCAUCCGGACUCGCGUGUUAUGGUUGCCAUACGGCAGGGCCCUGAUUAUUUGAACAAAUAUAUUGAUGCUGGUAAAUUGGAUGAACUGCGCGAUGUUGUGCCUAUUCGUGAUCGAUCACGUUCAUUAUCGCCUACCUUGGAGGGACGUGAAAGUUCACCACCAUCGAAGCGAUCGCGCUUCGAGCCACGCCAGCAUAGCGCUCAACUUGUAUCCGUGCGUGAACUUCUGAGUCUUAAAAAGCCGUUCUUGCCUUGCUUGCUACAGCUGAAGACUCAACACGCGCCACAAAAGUCCGAGUACGUGGACGAUAUGGGUGAUUCGCCUACACCGCAAUCGCAACCACAGCAGCAACAAAACUUCCAACAGCAACCGCAUUAUCAGCAACAACAACAGCAAUCGCCAAUGCAACAACAACAUAGUAGACCCAGUCCAUGGGCAGUGGGACCGCCAUUUCAACAGCAACAACAACAACCGCCGAAUCCUUGGAACACAUCACCAAUGGGAAGUGGCUCGAAUGGUGGGCCAAACAUGGUGUCACCAUCUAGUCAAAACGGUUAUAAUGGCAACAAUGGACCGUUUAAUGGUCCAAAUUUCAAUGACAGCAUGAAUUACGGUGAUAAUAAUAUGUUCCCCAAAGGUGGUGGAGGACCUGGUCCCGACGAAAACAAUGGCAUGCACAUGAGUAAUAUGAAUAUAAACAAUAUGGGUAAUAAUAACUACGGAAACCAGCGCCGUGGAAAUCGACGUGGUGGUGGGGCAGGCGGUAUCCGUAAUCGCGGUGGACGAAAUAAUAAUAGACGUUUUUAGGUGUAUAGCAACAAGAUGUAUAUAAAAUACACACACAUACACAGCAAAGGGUUGAAUAAAUUUCAAUUAAGCUAUUUAA